AUGGCGGUAGAUGCUGUUAGUAUUUUGUAUGCCUUGUGUGCCUUACUUCCUACUCGGCUCCACAGAGCGACAUGGUCUCUCUCGCAUGCCCAAUCAGCGACUUCAAGAUCCAUGUCUGGUGCUGUGCUGCCUGCGCCCGCUCAUCCAUCGGGAUAGCGCUCGUACCCUGGAGAUUAAUCUGCAGUUGACUGGUUCGGGUCUCACGCACAGCCGGUGACAGACCUGUAUGCCCUUGUAUGCCAUGCAGGAGGUCUGCCAUCUAUGACAGGACCGAGCAGAUUGUUUAGAUCGCAGGGUCUGAAUCCACCAUCGAAGAAAACCAUGUCCAACGGACUCGGUAGUCGCAGGUCUACAGCAGGCAGAAAGUGAAUACGUCUGAUUGAAUUUUCAGCUUACCAGUGUUGUGUCGCCUUACAAAUCUGCUGGACGGCUUCACCGCAUGGUCGCCUUGGUUUCGUAUUCACUUUGUGAGACACUGACUUUGCAUAUCAGCUGCUAGAGACCACCAGGGCCAUCGACCGUAUCUCUGCGACAAACGACUUCACACCUCCGGUUCGAAAAUGGACCUCCAACGAGCAAGGAAGGCUGUUGUGUCGGGUAGCAGCAGCCUUGUCGACCUCCCCGAAUACAUCAUCACUUCGUUUGUCCCUGGAGCACGGCCGUUGCUAGACAAACAUCCAUCCUUCUUCCGCUUCUUCGGUGUCCUCCUGGCCCUGUACUACUUUGGCCCCGUCGCUCGGUUGAAAUCACUAUGGUCUCAAUUCUCGUCCGUCAUCGUCGCCACCAUCAAUAUCUCGUCUGAAGAAGACCUUUUCGGCUACCUGACUGCCUACCUGUCAGAGCGCAAAACCCUCCGCGCAGACCAGGUCUUGAAUGCCGUGUCCAACAACUCGCAGGACAACGGCCGGCGAAGAAAUCGCCGUCAUGAGCCAGACGUCGAGGAGACCAGGCGGGCUAAUGAAACCCCCAAAAUCAAGUACGAGCAAGGCCAGGGCUUGCAAUUGUUCGUCCACAAGGGCAAGCUCUUCUUCUGUAGUCGCAAAUACGGCGAGGGCCACACUUACUACGGAAAUCGUUACAAGAGAAUGGAAAUCAUCUCUCUAUCGUGCCUGGGUCGCUCAACGCAACCUAUCAAGGACCUGAUUGAACAUGUCUACUACUUGAACAAGGCCAAAGAACGCUCAUUGACUAUUAUUCGACGGCCCUACAGAGGGGGCCAGACAUGGAGCCGAGUCACCUCAAAACCCCGGAGAGCACUCGACACGGUGAUACUGGAAGCGGAGCAAAAGGAACAGGUUAUCGAAGACGUGGCCGAGUACAUGGACGAAGCAACCAUGAAUUUCUAUGCCAAUCACGGUAUCCCUUACCGACGUGGGUAUCUUUUCCACGGCCCGCCCGGAGUCGGCAAGACAUCAUUCGCACUUGCGCUGGCUUCCAACUUCAAUCUCGACGUAUAUAACCUUUCGUUGCUCGACAACGACCUGACAGACUCGGAUCUUAUUUCGCUUCUCAAUCAGCUCCCAGGCCGGUCGUUAUUGUUGUUGGAAGACAUUGACACCGCAGGUCUGAACAGAAAAGGAGGGAAGUCCACCACGUCAUCGCGAAGUUGGAAUAGUCGGCGUGUGAGGCUACCUCCUCGUGACCCUGACGAUUAUGAUGUCGACAACGACGAAGAAGGCGGCUCUGCCUCGCGGGUCACGCUGAGUGGGUUGCUCAAUGCCAUCGAUGGUGUGGCCGCGCCGGAGGGCCACGUUUUGAUCAUGACGACCAACAAACCGAACGAACUCGACGACGCGCUCGUGCGGGCAGGCCGGAUCAGCGUGAGGGUGGGAUUCAGGAAUGCCAGCAAAAGGCAGGCAGAGGAGAUAUUCUUGAGGAUGUACUUGGAUUUGCCGACCGGCUCAAGCUUGAGAGGGAUCGAGGAGGCAGCAGCAGCAGCAGCAGCAGCAGCCACCAACACGGCCACUGCUCCCGCGCCUUCGUCUGACAGCGAUACGGAAAAGAGGAACCUCGAACUGCCCGAUGACAUGGAAACUGCGCGCCUCCGUGGUUUGGCGCAGAAAUUUGCCUCGCUCAUCCCCGAAGGCGACUUCUCGCCCGCAGACCUCCAAGACUACCUUCUCAUCCACAAGAAGGACCCGGAGGAAGCGCUGGACGAGCUGCCCCAGUGGAUGGAAAAGAUCUACGAGGAGAGGAAGAGGAAGGAGGAGGAGAAGGAGGAGGAAAGAGAAGGGAAGAGGGAGAAGAACCGGGAGGAAAGAAGGCGGUUUAGGGAGGAGGUCAAGAGGGCCGUGAAGGGCGUGGAGGGCGAUGAAGAUGAGGAUGAGGAUCGGGAUGACGCUGACGACAAGAGCAAAAGGAAGAACGGGGAAGAGGACAGCAAGGAAAAGGAAAUGGGAGAGGAAAGAGAUGGAUCUACGGGUGGUGAUGGUGGCCAUGAGAACGCCGAGGACAAGGACGUUGACACUGGCGCCGACGCUGACAGCGACAAAUCUGGCCAGAAGAGCGGCACCGCCCAGGAGGAAAACCGCAACAAUGCUUAGACCGCAGAGAAGAACGACAUACACACAUAAACCGCGCCCCAAAGCCCUACAUGAUUAGCUCUUUAUUACUCAACCAGCAUGCCUGCUAGACCUGAUCCAUUGGCCCCCCUCGCCCUUUCUGUCUCGCGUUAUAUUGAAUUCGAUUUGAUCGCCAAG